ACCUCACCAGUCUGCUCUGCUCUGACAAAAACACUUCCCUCUCUUCCCUCUCCUUCCACUGUGGAUUAAUUCCUUUCUUUCAAUCCAUCUUUGCCCACCACAACACCACCAAGAGAAAGAAAAGUAAGAGAAAAAAAAAAAAAAAAAAAAAAAAACAAUGGGAGGUGGGCGAGAGGUGCCAAUAUCGCUGGAAGGUUUGAGGGACAAAAACUUGAUGCAGCUGAAGAAACUCAACACAGCCCUCUUCCCUGUCCGCUACAACGACAAGUACUACGCCGAUGCCCUCGCUUCCGGUGACUUUACCAAGCUCGCAUACUAUGGUGAUAUCUGUGUUGGUUCAAUUGCAUGCCGGCUUGAGAAGAAGGAAGCUGGAGCUGUCCGUGUUUAUAUCAUGACAUUGGGUGUCUUAGCACCAUAUCGUGGGCUAGGCAUUGGUACAAGGCUGUUGAACCAUGUUCUUGAGCUCUGCUCCAAGCAAAACAUUUCUGAGACUUACUUGCAUGUGCAGACAAACAACGAAGAUGCUAUAAAUUUUUACAAGAAAUUUGGGUUCGAAAUCACAGACACCAUCAAGAACUACUACACCAACAUUACUCCACCAGACUGCUAUGUUGUUACAAAGUAUAUUACUCAAUCAAAGAAAUAGUGUCUCAAAGCUAGUUCUCAGUGGUGGAGUCAUUGGUUGUUGCGGCAUAUUAUUAAUUGAAUUUUACCUUGCAUCAAAUAUACCCGAAUUUAGUGUCUUAACUUUGAGGUUCUUAACAUGCUAAGUGCUUCGGUGACUUAGAGCUAUUUGAUAUACUUUGGCUAUUUCCUGAUGUAGUGAAUGAUGCUUUGGCAAAACAUUUGAAAAUUUUGUGUGUCCUGGGACCAGAGGCCAGAGGGGUUUCCUGACUUAAGAUAAGUUAGGCAGUAUUGAAUAUUGUGAUACGGCAUUUGGAUUUGAUUUCUUUCUAGAC